AUGAGGGCGGCGGCGGGAGCCCUCAACAGGCCAGUGCGUAAGGCGUUGGAGCAUGAAGUCCAUUUCGAGGAGCGCAUCAUUUGGAGAUACUUCUCCCAGAUGCGGAUAAUGCACCGUGACAUCAAGCCCGCCAACAUUUUCCUCACCCUUAAGGGACAGGUCAAGGUGGGAGACCUAGGGCUAGGCAGGGUCAUGAGUACGGAGGACGACCUGGCGUACUCCAAAGUCGGCACCCCGCUCGACAUGUCUAUCGAGGUGCUGGGUGGCGGCGGUUACAGCUGGAAGAGCGACGUGUGGUCCCUGGGCUGCGUCCUGUACGAGCUCGCCAUGCUCCGGAGCCCCUUCAAGAGCAAGAACCUCAACCGCAACAGCCUUUACAAAAAGAUCAGCAUAGGAGACUACCCGCCCAUGUUACCCUACUACUCAGAGGAGCUGAGAGCGCUGGCGACAGGCAUGAUCAGCACCAACCCGGGCGAGAGGCCCAGCGUGGAAGAAGCCCACUCAAUCGCCCUUGCCAUGAAGCGAAAGAUGGACGCCAUGGGGAACCCUGCCACCCCUCCCCCAGAGUUGAGAACACUUCGAUCUGUCUUCUUCUUUUGGUUUCCGGCAACACUCUCAAGAAUAAUCCCAUCAACUGACGUCUACCGCCGCUGA